GUCGCGCGAGCGCUCAGGAAAGGGGCGGGGAGGACGGAGGCCGGGAAGGCGAAACGUGGAUCGCGCGGCCCUGGGCGGGGGACGAGGCACGUGCACUCUGCCACUGUUUCCAGGCGCCGACGGGGCGCUCGCGAUCUGACGUUCCUGUUGCGCGACCCCUUCCUUCUCUUCCCUUCUUGGGGCCUGGGGGUCGCGGGCAGUGCCCUCUGUUCGGGCCGGUCGGCGCAACGCUUGAGUGGCCCGGCAGGGGAGCGGGCCGCCUGCGCGCGGAGAGGCACACAGCAUGGCAGAAAACCGAGAGCCCCGCGGGGCCAUCGAGGCUGAGCUGGACCCGGUGGAGUACACCCUUCGGAAGAGGCUGCCCCACCGCCUGCCCCGGAGGCCCAAUGACAUUUAUGUCAACAUGAAAACUGACUUUAAGGCCCAGUUGGCCCGCUGCCAGAAGCUGCUGGACGGCGGGGCACGGGGUCAGAAUUCAUGCACUGAGAUCUACAUUCACGGCUUGGGCCUGGCUAUCAACCGAGCCAUCAACAUUGCCCUACAGCUGCAGGCAGGCAGCUUCGGGUCCUUGCAGGUGGCUGCCAAUACCUCCACCGUGGAGCUUGUCGAUGAGCUGGAACCAGAGACUGAUACACGAGAGCCGCUGACCCGCAUCCGCAACAACUCGGCCAUCCACAUCCGCGUCUUCAGGGUCACACCCAAGUAAUUGAAAUGAGGCCGGCUUGCCUUACCCACCCCCCUUCACACAGCUGAGCUCAGACGUGGCUCUCCUUGUGCUGAGUACUGUCAUGGACCUCCCACGUGAGCCAUGUAAGAAAAAGAAGCCUGUCCCCUCCCAGCCCAGAAGACUGAAUUGACAGGGGGAGUACUGUCUCUUGUUGGGCCCAGGCAGGGGGUCUUCUGAAUCUUUGUGGUCUGUAAUCAUUGUCCUAUACAAUAAAAACUAUCACGUUGUGUUAGUAUCUGGCCACCCCAGUG